AAGAGACAGGACGAGAGACAAAGCAGUUGGUCAGAAGAAAGAGACAAUAACCGCAAGGGCGGCUUGGACAUAGAAAAAGACUGGAAAGUUAAAGAAACUUCAGAAAAUUACAGCCUGAGAGGACAGAAAACAUGAGAAGAAAAGAAUAAACCUCACCUGAUCACUACGGGGGAAGAUACUGAGUCUGCUGAGGCUGAAGAAGGAGAGCGGAGCUGACAAGGAAUGAGGAUCUUCAGCAGAAACCUUCGCCUUCAGGACAUCACCGUCAUGUAUUUCACCGCCCUGGCUGCCCUGAUGGUCAUCUUGGUGGCUUCGUACCAGGCCCCCACCAACGCCGUCAAUGUGUCCGACCUCAAAAUGAGCCCCUCCACCCCUCUGCCACCUCUGCCCAUGCCCUUCCGUGUGCCCCUUGACCCACGCGGGGAGCUCCAGCUGUCCUGGAACAUCAGCUACGCCGCACAGGAGGUGUUCAUGGCACUGAAGGUUGCGGAGCUCAGGUAUGGCGUGGUGCUGGGAAUGUCUGACCGUGGGGAGCUGACCAACGCCGACCUGGUGGUGCUGUGGGACUCUGGGACCAAGAGCUUCUUUGGGGAUGCGUGGAGCGACAGUGAGGGUCGCAUUUCUUUGGACAGCCAGCAGGACUACGAGCUGAUUGAAGCCAAACAGAAACCUGACGGAUUCUACCUGCUCUUCAAACGACCGUUCAGCACCUGUGAUCCCAGAGACUACCUCAUCGAGGAGGGAACCGUGCACGUCAUCUAUGGCUUCUUGGAUAAACCGCUCGCCUCGCUGGAGCAGCUGAACCUGUCCCGCAUCCACACAGGGCUUCAGAGAGUGCUCAUGCUGCGCCCCGACACCCCGGCCCCCACCCUGCCCCCAGGCGUGCAGACGCUGGAUGUCCUGGCGCCAAAUGUCAUCAUACCAAAUCAAGAGACCACCUACUGGUGCUUCAUCCAGAAGCUGCCGGAGAACAUGCCCAAGAACCACAUUGUUAUGUAUGAGUCAAUGGUAACUCCAGGUAACGAGGCCAUUGUGCAUCACAUGGAGGUGUUUGAAUGUUCCCCGGAUAUUCAAGAUGUUCCCGAGUACAGCGGCUCCUGUGAUGACAAGAUGAAGCCGGGCAAGCUCAACUCCUGCCGCCACGUGCUGGCUGCAUGGGCUAUGGGUGCUGAGGCUUUUUACUACCCUCCUGAUGCAGGGCUGCCUAUGGGUGGACCAGGAUCCUCCAGGUUUCUUCGGCUGGAGGUUCAUUAUCACAACCCUCUACUUAUAUCUGGCCGCCAUGACUCAUCAGGGAUACGGUUGCAUUACACCCCCAGCCUGAGGCGGUUUGAUGCAGGGAUCAUAGAGCUUGGUCUGGUUUAUACUCCGAUCAUGGCUAUCCCACCCAAACAACACUCCUUCUACCUCAGCGGGUACUGCAACUCCAAGUGUACCCAGACAGCUUUGCCUUCAGGAGGAAUCUAUAUAUUUGCCUCCCAGCUACACACCCACCUGGCGGGGCGUGGGGUGCGGACAGUUUUGGUGAGGGGAGGCAAAGAGCUGGAGGUGGUGCAGGAGGACCAGCACUUCAGUACACACUACCAGACAAUUCGAGUUCUAAGAAAGAUGACAAACGUUUUACCCGGCGACGUGCUCGUAACAAAGUGUACUUACAACACAGAAGACAGGAGCGGGCCCACAGUGGGCGGUUUCGGCAUCAUGGAGGAAAUGUGCGUCAACUACAUUCACUACUAUCCUCGGACUCAGCUGGAGCUCUGCAAAACCCACGUUGACCCAGGAUACCUGCAGAAAUACUUUAAUUUCAUUAACAGGUUCCAGGGGAAUGAUGGGUGUGUGUGCGGCGAGGUUAGUGUGACGGAGCAGUAUUCUCAGCUACAGUGGGAUGCGUUCACCGGAGAAGUGCUCGACUCGCUUUACAGCACGGCCCCCAUCUCAAUGCACUGCAACCAGUCGAGCGCACGCCUGUUUCCUGGAGAGUGGGACAAGCAGCCCAUACCGGUGGUGACGGAGGUCCUGGAGAAACCUCGGUACCCCUGCGAAGGAGGACCACUGCCCACCGGUCGACCCCUUACACCCCCGGUGUGAGCUCAGUCUGGGGGAGAGGGCACUAAACCUGCAGCAAGAUAAAUGUGUCCUGGUUUUAUUUCUGUGUUUGGGGGAUUAGCUUCAGGCUUCUAUCUGGUUUUCUGACAAACGCUGUAUUUAUAGGCUUAUUAUAAAGACAUCCACUAUCCAGAGACACAAGUUAAUGAAAAAGUGCUUUUCCUGUGUCAUGUUUUAAAGCAGCGGAGCUGGACGUAGAAGUGGGACGGGCAUGUACUGAAGAAAAAUAUGUGUGACUAGCAAAUUGGUGCUAUGGACAUAAGUGUUGUAAAGCUUUGCUUUUGGCUUAUUCACUUAUUUUAUGUAAAUGUAAAUGAAUUAGUUUACGUCUCUUUCAUAUUGUGUUAUUUUUUCUUCCCCAUGAUUCUGUUGAUAAUGAUGACAAACAUUAUUAAGACAUGAAAGAUUGUUACAUGUCAAUAACUGUAAUAAAUCCAUAAUAAAUACACAUUAUAUGGCAAAUACAUACAGUCA